AUGCACGAGAACGAUGACAUUGAGGAGAUUGUCAAGUGCGUCUGUACGGUGCGCGAGGAGAACGGGCUGAUGGUGCAGUGUGAGCACUGCCUCUCCUGGCAGCACGGCCUCUGCAUGGGCUUCACCGCCGCCGAACAGGUCCCUGUGGAUGGCUAUUUUUGCACGUUUUGCAAGCACCCGCCGAAUGCCGUCCGCUCGCAGCGCCCCUCCUACCAGCUGAACCACAGCCUGAAGAAGGCCCUCAAUCCGGUCUUUCUGCCGGAGUACCACGUGCCGGCGUCCCGGUCGCUGCCGCAGUAUUAUCACCACCACAAUCAUCAGCACCGACUGCAACAGCAGCAGCAGCUUCCUUACCCCCCACAACAACAGCAGCAGCCCCUGCCCCAGCAGGCCACAUCGCAGGAGGAAGUGGUAGAGGUGGAGGUGGAAGAGGAGGUGGAUGACGAUGACCACCUCCACGUGAACUACUACUCGAAGGAGGACCUGGAGCAGGCGUCCAGUGUGCUCUCGGCGGCGGUGCUCGAUGUGCUGCGGUGCUGGCACUCGAUCACCGUGCAGAUUGCCGAAAGUAGACGGGAGCGUGCCGCCGCCGCCGCCGCCGCCGCCGCCGCUGGCCAGCCGGCCAAGGAGGAGGAGAAGGAGGAGGAGAAAAAGGAAGAGGAUGAGGCAAAAGAAGGCGAGGGGGAAGGAGAGAAGGCUGCCGAAGGCGAAAAGAAGGAGGACGAGAAGAUGGAAGAGGACAAGAAGGAGAAAGAGGAGGAAGAGAAGAAGGAGGAGGAAAAGGUGGAAGAGGAGGAGGACGUGGACGGCAUCGUCGAUCCGGAGCUUCUCAGGCGACGAACUGAUCUGGAGGUGCGCCUGGUGCUGAUUCGGGCGAAGCUGGAUAAGUUGGACGCGCUGAUGGAGGCACAGGAGGCCCGGGACCUGCACACCAGCAGCUCCACGCUGACGGCCGCCUCGCCGGAGAACUAUGGCGCCUUCAGUGUGCAGGAGGAGGUGGCGGCGGCGGCGGCCACCAGCACCACCACGCCCACAGGCCCACCGAACCACAACCACAGCCAGCAGUUGAUGGUGGUGGGCGGUGGCGGCCUCGGUUCGGCCUUUGAGGCCUGUGCGCCCUCGACUGCUUCCGCUGUCGAUGCAGCCGUAGCUGAUGUAGCUCCUGCUACGACCACGACAACGGCAGCUCCUGAUUCGGCUAUCACCACUACCACGACCACCACUUCCACUGCAGCUACGGUUACCACUACUCCCACUUCCACUUCAGAUGCAAUCAAGUCUGAUGAUUCGGUGAUUGGAAAUGUAACUGGCGGUGGUGGUGGUGGUGGUAGCGGUAGCGGCUCGUCGACGACCACUACCGAAGUGAAAACUGAAGAGGAGGAAGCUACGACGACGACCACAACGACUACGAUGACUCCCAUGGCGGCGGUCGUUGAUGCGACUGCAAGUGCAACAACACCGGUCGACAGCAGCAGCUCUGCAGCUGACCCUUCUGCAGCUUCUGCUGAGCAGUCUUCAGAGAAGUCCACCACCACCACCUCCGCUGAGGCCAUUGUAAAGACUGAGGCCAGUGGAACUGUGGAGGCAGAAACACUAGCAGCAGCCGAAACAUCAUCAGCAACAACAGCCACAGCGGAGACAUCAUCAGAGCCGGCGAAGCAGGAGCCGUCGCCUCAGCAGGAUCUUGCUCUGCCAAAGCCUGCAGAGAAUCCUCCGCCGGCGGUUCCUCUUACCACUAGUCAAGAACCUCCUUCG